AUGGCCAGCGUGAUCGACGUCAACUUCCACGAAGUGGUGUCGGUCUCCUUCACCUACGCAAGUAUCACGGAAGCAGAGGAAGCGGCCGUUGCCCUAGCCAUCAUAUCCCACCACACACAUGUGUACAUCACGGUCAUCACGUACUCUCAAACUUCCUGCCGCAACUUUGGCGGCAGCUGCUUUUCUCAGGCUACCUUGGUGGAUUGGCUAAAGGCCAUCCGGGUCACCCUGCGCAAACGUGCGACGGCAUUCACCCUCUGGCUGCACACUCCAUGUGACCCGUCAAGCCUGGCCAUUGCGCGGAUCCUAUUCGGAGCAGUCAUGAUUUUGGACCAACCUGAAGAGCGCGGCUUGGCCUUCGUGGAAGAACGCUGGGGUGACCCCAAGGAGUGCCGCUUCCCCCUGUUCUCCUUCUUGAAGCCGCUGUCCUUGGAAGGAAUGUACUGCGUUCACCUGAUCAUGCUUCUCGGUGCCAUUGGCAUCUGUACUGGGGCGUUCUUCAAAAAGAGCUGCAUCGCCUUCCUGCUUCCUUAUUGGUUCAUCUUCCUGCUAGAGAAGUCAAGGUGGAACAACCACAGCUACCUCUACGGUCUAAUAGCUGUGCUGCUCAGCGUCACGGGAGCUCACCGCCUCUGGUCUGUUGACUGCUGGAGGAAAAGCGGCAUCAGAAACACCGACAUUCCCAAGUGGAACUACGUGCUUCUACGGUCACAGGUGUUUCUCGUGUACUUCAUCGCCGGGCUCAAGAAGACUGACAGGGAUUGGAUCGGAGGUCACUCUAUGGAUGGCCUGGGACGUCACUGGGUCUUUGAUCUAUUCAAGCUGGUAAUGACCGAAGAGCAGGUGGACGCGUAUGUGGUCCACUGGGGCGGAUUCCUGCUAGACCUGACCGUCGGCUUCCUCAUGGUUGUCACAGCACUGCGGCCCGUCGGAGUGAUUUUCUGCGUCCUCUUCAACACCAUGAACUCCAGGAUGUUCGCAAUCGGUGCAAAUCUUGCCAUUUCAGGAAUGUUCCCGUACGUGAUGAUUGUGCUCACGACCAUAUUCUUCGACUAUUCAUGGCCCAAGAAAGUCGCAGCCGUGUUGCCGCUGUGCAUCAAGAAUAUGGUGCCGGAUGUCUCUGCGUCUCGGCCUGACUUCAGCCGCUGUUGGUAUCCUGGUCGACGCAAGGCGCAGUGCUCGUUGUUUUUAAUAAAUGCCCGUAUUACCGCUCCCAUAUAUGCACACGUGCAGGGCAACGUCCAAUGCAUCGGCAGUCGAAGGGCCGAGCGUCGGCUGUGCAGGUGGAGGAUGACGGCGCUCCUCGUCUGCCUGCACGUGGUUUUGCAGCUUUUCCUGCCGUACUCGCACGGCCUCACCAAGGGCUACAACACAUGGACACAGGGCAGUUAUGGCUACUCCUGGGACAUGAUGGUCCACAACUGGAGGCCCGUGCACGUCAAGCUCGUCCUCUAUGACAACGCCACACACAGGGCCCACUUCCUGGAUCCCGAGAAGUUCACCACCUCGAGGCGGUGGCACCACCAGGCAGACAUGGUCGUCCAGUUUGCCCACUGCAUACGCGACAGGGUCCGGCAGGACUAUGGCAUGAAGGACGUGGAAAUAUACGUCGACGUCUGGAUGUCGCUCAACGGGAGAUUCGCGCAGAGGAUGUACGACCCAACGGUGAAUAUCCUGGAGCAGCCCUGGUCGCCGUUCGUCGAAGUGCCAUGGGUGCUGCCUGUGCUCAGCAACUUCAGCGAAUGGAGGGAUAGCAUCAAGAAAGUCCGGGGCCGAGUGCAUGCUGCCUCAACGCUGGCAGAUGUUGAGUUCAUCGCCGACUUUCCGGGAUUUUCGCUCGUCAACUACAUGGGCACGAAUUUCGACAACACAUCACUGGAAGUUCUGAAGGGAACCGUGGCCGUCUCGUUUCCCUCGAUGAGAUCGACCCGGAUACUGCAGACCGGCGAAAGCACAAACAUCUUGACUGGAGUUUACCACACAGUGACCCCACUGAGGCACGCCCCCGCUGGCUACAUGUACGUUUUUUCGGACAAAUCGCAAGGGUCAAGCAACACUGAUUCCGCACUGCCAACUACAGAAGACAGAGAAAUUGUCAGCAUUCGUCAUUUGAAGAGAUACUUCGACAACUGGAAAAUAAGCUUACGAAGGAUAGCGAACAUCACGACGAAGACGUUCAAGGAGAAGGUCCUCCGUAAGACGUCAACCCUUCUGCAGCGUCUUAUGUCCAAGUGUAUCAUGUGUACACCCUGAAGCAUGACGACAGGAUGUGCACCGCAGCAACAAACCAAUACCGAUGACGAAACAGUUGGUAUUAAAAGAAAGAAAUGAUAUGAUUACCUGCGUGUGCCCAGCUUUCCCACAUUUUAAACGAUGUCAUUGCUGUAUAAUGUAUGUGCAUUCCGUCGACUAUAUAGACAAUACAAAUAAGUCAUUCGGUUCUUGUAAUCCCAUAAAGUGUUGAUGUAGAGAUACAAAUAAAUAAGAAUAUUAAAAG